UUUAACAGAGUGCGUUGUUUUGUAAUUAAUGAAAUAAUCAUUUAGUCCUCACCAAAUAAAAACUGAAAAUCAUCACGACGUAAUUGUGCUAUAAACAUGUAACAUUAAUUGUAUAUUAACUUCAGAGUUUUUAAAUAUUAUAUGAGGCAUUUGUAGUACUAGUGAACGUCUACAAUGUUUCUUGUUCUAGACAUUGAAUUCGUACGUCGUCAUCAAAGUUUGAUAUUACAAGGCAACGAAAAUGGCAGUGUAUUUGAAAAGUACUUUUCGUUUUUAUAGGGGGUAAUGAUGUUAAUAUAUAUACAAAAUAAACAUCUUGCUGAUAUUUUAUAAAAUGGUUAUAUUUGAAUAGUAAAAAGAAGUUGCAUGAUACUUAUGAAAUAUCGUAUGUUUGAAUAUACAAUAUAACCGGAAGAACUCAACAACGUAACUGAUCAGCCAUCAUUAUUUCUUCAUUGACCAAGUUUGAAUCUUGUAACGGUCGCAUAGGUACUUAGAUGGAUCCAGUUUACCUUUACUACACCUAUUCUAACCUUCUGUGUGUUUAUAUUUAUGAUCUCUGAUUGUGUUAAUUAAAUUGUAUCCUUUCUUAUAUCGGUUACGCUGAUGACAGGCUUACUCAGUUGGUAUUCACAAUAUCAGAUAAUAAAUAAGAACCAAUGAUGGAGGAUACAAAUGACUUACUAGUAUGUGCAUCUGAGUUCAUAAAAGACCGAUUAUAUUUUAUAACAUUGAGGACAAAGCCAAAGAGUACUCCAAACAUCCAUUAUUUCAGUAUCGAUGAUGAAUUAAUCUAUGAAAAUUUCUAUGAUGAUUUUGGUCCACUGAAUCUUGCUAUGUUAUAUCAUUAUUGUCAAAAGGUUAAUAAAAAACUUAAAGCAGUAACUCUUAGAAGAAAAAAGAUAGUACAUUAUACAACAAUGGAUCCAUCAAAAAGAGUCAAUGCUGCUUUUCUUAUAGGAAGUUAUGCAAUAUUAUAUUGUAAACGUACAGCAGAAGAAGCAUAUAAUUGCUUAAAUAGUAUUCCUGACAAUCCAUCAUUUAUAAUGUUUCGGGAUGCUUCUGUUGGUACACCUUGGUUUGAAAUAUCUUUGAUUGAAUGUCUUAGUGCCAUAUAUAAGUGCCACAAACUUGGAUUUUUUAAUUUUCAAGAUUUUUGUGUUAAGGAAUAUGAAUAUUUUGAAAGAGUUGAAAAUGGAGAUUUAAAUUGGAUUGUUCCUGGUAAAUUUAUAGCAUUUUGUGGUCCUUAUGCUAAAUUUAAAAUAGAAAAUGGAUAUCCACUUCAUGCACCAGAAUCAUAUUUUACAUAUUUCCAUUACAAUAAUGUAACUACAAUUAUACGUCUUAAUAAAAAAAUUUAUGAUGCUUCAAUCUUCACAGAUGCAGGAUUUGAUCAUAAAGAUUUGUUUUUUAUUGAUGGUUCAACUCCAACAGAUUCAAUCAUGCGGCAAUUUCUUAAAAUAGCAGAGAAUGCAAGUGGUGCUGUUGCUGUACACUGUAGAGCAGGACUUGGUAGAACAGGUUCAUUGAUUGGUUGUUACAUUAUGAAACAUUAUCACUUAACAGCUCAUGAAACAAUUGCAUGGAUACGAAUAUGUAGACCAGGUUCUGUAAUUGGACAUCAACAGGAAUGGUUGGAAAAGAAAGAAGCAUAUCUUCAUUCUUUAUUAAAAGAGCCACUACAACCUCAAAAUGAAAAUCCAGUUCAUAAAUAUGGUAUAUAUUCUAUAACUGGUAGACCGAAAACAUCAUUCUUAUCCAAUUUAAAAAGUGCUCAUGUGGUGCAAGAUAAUGUUUCGGGAAUAAUGCAUUGUGUGGAUGGAAUUACAUUAGAUGAUCAUGCAAGCACUAGCACAACUAAAUAUACAACCUUAACUCAGGGUGAUAAAUUAAAUCAAAUUAAAGCUAAAAGAAAACGAUUACCAACAAAUCAUACUUCUCUUAACACAACUACUAGACCAUCAACAGUAGUAAAUCCAUACUUAAGGUCAUUAUUACAAACAAGAACUCAGAAAAAUACAAUUAAUACAUUAACUGGAAAUAAAGAAAAAGAUUCUACAAAAAGACUUCUCCCUAGAUCUACUACGACAACUAUUGCUAAAAGAAACAGUUGGCUAGUCAGCAGUACAUGUGAACCAUCUCCGCCUCGUAUUAAGUCUACUAAACCAACAACAAGGCUCCACAAUAUCAGCAACAACACAUCUUCCACUACUCGUGUUACUACGAUGCCUGUAUCAAAACCAGUGACAAGGGCCAGUAUCAAAACUUCUUGUAUCACAGAAACACAAUCGACAAAUUCGUCCGCAAACAAUUUGAUAACACAACCGCAGCGAGGCAUGAAUAUGAUCCUCAGUGCGCGUACGACCAAAAGUUAUAAAACUGCAUUUAUCAGAUGACUAACCGAUAUUCUCAAUGGCAUUGGAGAAGACAGUCCGGUAGCUCAAGCACCUCGACAUCGCAGAAGAUCUCAUCGUUUAAAUUCAAUCAUUCAGUAAAAACAUCAUACUAAUCAUCAAUCUUCAAUUCAAACAAUUGUUUUUGUCGCGAUCAACGAAGAUCAAGUAGAUCUACAGCUGUUAUCAUAGUUUUUUCUAUGGUUCACUGGUAGGUUGUUUAGGUAUGGUUUC